AAGUUCAUUCCUCCACUAACCCAUGUGCUAGUGACACCCGGAAGUGCAUCUUGUGCCCUUUCUGUGUGAUCCCAAACAAGGCAAGGAGACAGCUCAUGGUAUACGAAAAUGUCUUUUCCAGUCCAACAACCUCAUAAUCGCACACGGAAGCCGGAUGAUGAAGAGGACCCUGUUGAUCAGAUGAUUGUUCGCACAGGAUGUGCAGCAGCUCAUUAUGCCGUGCAGGAGUGCAUGGCAGAGCACCAGGACUGGAGACAGUGUCAGACACAAGUCCAGCAAUUUAAAGACUGCAUGCUGGACUAUCAGAAACAGAGGGCGGAAGAACUGAAGAAGCAGAUAAAGGCUUCAUAAGAACAAUCCAAUGGAAAACAUUGUAGAACAUUAGUGGACUUUGUCUUGUUCGUCUCUUGAAAUAUUGGGAUUAAGAACAUUUAUUUGGAAUGGGACAAUGCUUGAAACAAACCUCUCUGUUUAGGUUUUGCAAAGUCUUCUUAGUUUAUUUUUUUUUUUACAAACAGUGUUUAGAGAUUUGUUCUCUCUCUCUCUGGUGUCUUUUAUAUAUGGUUACUAUGCAUUACAGAAAAAAAAAGAAGUCUCACUUGUUAUUGGGUCUGUACUUUGCAACCGAUCAUGAAAAAAAUCAAAUGUCAAUUUUAUGAACCCUGUUAGGAGUAAGGUAAAUAUCACACCCAAUAGACAGUGAAUGGUAUAAAUGAGCCACAGCACUGGA